CGCUGGUUCGAUCGCUGCUCCUCCCGAUUGGAAUGAAAUCCGAUUCGGAGGUUCGCCGGCACCGGAGUCGAGAUGUCGCCUCCGUGCCUUAGCGUCACCCUCUUGCGCGAUUGGUGCCACAGCUGCGCCUUCCUCGCAGCUGGCCUCCGCCCUUCCCUCGCCAUCCUCGCGGACGGCGCCUCCAUCCAUUGCUGGACCCCGGCGCGCCCGGACCCUUCUCGCCGCCCUCUCGUCCUCCUCCAUGGCUUCGGAGCCACCGCCAUCUGGCAAUGGUCCCACUACCUCCGCCCCCUUCGCCGUUCCGGAUUCGACCUCUACGUCCCCGAUCUUCUUUUCUUCGGAGCCUCCGAAGCGCCCGGAUCGGACCGGUCCGAGGCCUACCAGGCCCGAUGCGUGAUGGCGGCUAUGGAGGAUCUCGGCUUGCGGAGAUUCGGCCUCGUCGGGGUGAGCUACGGAGGGUUCGUGGCGUACAAGAUGGCUGCGAUGUUUCCGUCAGCCGUGGAGCGGGUGGUGCUCUGCUGCGCCGGCGUGUGCCUCGAGGAGAGGGAUCUCGCCGAGGGCCUAUUUGUCGUUUCGAACGCGGAUGACGCGGUAGAGAUCCUUUUGCCCCAGUCGCCGGACAAGCUUCGUCAGCUCGUCCGGCUGUCCUUCGUCCACCCACCGCGCAUAAUGCCAUCUUGCUUCCUCCGGGACUACAUACAGGUAAUGUGCACAGUUUAUGCAAAAGAGAAGAUAGAGUUACUUCAUGCUUUAAUCUAUGAAAGAAAACACUUGGUCCUUCCAGAGAUUGCACAGCCAACCUUGAUAGUUUGGGGCGAGAAAGAUCGAAUUUUUCCUUUAGAGUUGGGUCACAGAUUAAAGAGGCAUUUAGGAGAUAGAGCUCAGCUAGUAGUCAUCAGGAAUGCUGGGCAUGCUGUUAAUCUUGAGAAGUCUAGAGAAUUUUGUGAGAAUAUAGUCAAAUUCUUCCAUGAUUCUUCCUUCAAUGAUCACAAUUGGCAGAAGGUCUAGUAAGAUCGACAUCAGCUAGUUAUCAAUCUCGACUUUCAACUAUUUAUGUAUCCAUCCGUUGCAUCAAAGAAGAGCCCCGAAGCUAAAAAAUUUCCCCUGAUAUUUAACCCAAUUUUGGAUUGAAGAGAAAACGAAAAGCUGAACUUGGGUUCUUGUGUUGGUCAAUUACAAGAAGAUUGCAAGUACAUACGGUUUCUUUGUGGUUUUUGUUGAGGUAAUCUAGUAGCGUUCUUUCUGUUUUUGCACUUUUUGUAAGGUUUCCGCUGUGUUAAAAUUUUGUAUAUAAUUCCAUCACUUACCAUAGUUUUAUCUAGCAGAGGGAUUAAUGGUCUUGAUAUAUCUACUAAAUAUGGCACAGAUUGUAUAGUCCGAGCAAAUGUAUUCUAUUGAACAAGCUCGAUCGAUGUGAUCUUAUGGUCAUAAAGAAGAGAUGAUCACUAGAUUUUUUUUUAAUUGGCACUAA